AACAUGUCGCGCACUCUUCCGUGCUAGUCGCCGAGAAAAAGGUCUCGAUAGGGGCGCCGAGCCGCGAGAGCAUCGAAGCCACGACGUCGGGCGGGCACCUUCGCGCCCGAAUAUUCUUUUUCUUAUUUUAUUUGCUUUUUUUCACGGCCUCCUUCGCGAGAUCCUCCGAGAGCAUCCGGUCGAGUAUCCCUCCCCGGGUCAUUGAGAAUGCAGUUCCGCUGGCGCGCCAGUGACCACGGCGCGACGUGACUUCCCUCCGGUCGGACCCGGCCGUAGGCUCAGGAUCGUCUCCUCCUGGCGAGCCGACUCUCUAGUGCAAGUGAUCAAAGUUCGUCGACGGAGAUAAACACCCCCGAAUAUGACGAUGAGGAAGCGGCGUAGCCUCCGGGCAGACCUCGAGCUACCUCGGCCUCAUUGACGCGGCAACGCUCGCCGAAAAGCUCACCGGCCCUGCCGCUGCUCCCUGUUCGGCCACGAGGAAGAUGCUGCUUUCGGGGAACCGCCGAUCCCGGGGUGUGGCUAAAAGCUUCUUCGAGCAGUGACGCGCACCACCUCCCGGUGGAAACUAUCUCCCGAGAUCAAUCAGUGUCGUGUGUGUUGAAACGUUGAGUGCGGGGGAGCUACCGAACACGCCGAAUUUUCGCCGAACCCUUUUGCCUCCCAGACGAUACGAAAUUUCCCGCCUUUUAAAAGACCCACGAUGAUGUACUCGCCGGACAAAAUGAUGGGGAGCAAAGGACUCCACGGGGCACCCAUCUCGGCCCCAGGGUGCUUCCCGUCCGGGCGAUAUUCACCGCCGUCGUAUCGCACCGCCCAGGAACAAAUGCCCCCGCCACCGAGAAGGUGCAUGCCCAAUCCGCCUAGCCGAAUAUUGGAGGAUGCCUCAAUAAUGUGCAACUCGUGGUCACCGAGACACAACGGUGACAUUUUCGGGGGACUGAACAGCGGGCUCCAGGACGGUUUGCUCUCGAGAGCGGAGGCCCUGGCCGCCGAUCUCGGGAAGCACAACGCCGGCACUCCGAUGCCCCUUAAACACGAUCCGGUCUCGGUAUACCAUCACGGGGCUCACAUGGCGGCCCCACACCCGAACAAUCGACCACAUCAUCAGGUACAAUCACACCUAUUUUACGGGGCUUAUUGUUUGCAGAUGAGUCAUCCAGGGAUGGAGAGUUUGGACAUGCUGGACCCGGCGAAUUCGAUGACGACGUUAACGCCGAUGUCGGAGGGAGGCGGCGGGGGCCCGGGUCACCACGGCGGGAUCCACGGUCCGUCGGUGUACGGCGGUAUGAACGGCAUGAUGGGGCACCAUCACCACGGGAACAUCGGUGGGAGCGUGCCGCAUCCGCACCAUCACCCGGCGAUGGCGGCUGCGGCGGCGGCAGCGGCGGCGGCGGGUUUGCACCCGGACGCGGACACGGAUCCGCGGGAGCUGGAGGCGUUUGCGGAGCGGUUUAAGCAGAGGCGAAUAAAGCUGGGGGUGACCCAGGCGGACGUGGGGAAGGCGCUGGCGAACCUGAAGCUUCCGGGGGUCGGUGCGCUCUCGCAGUCGACGAUAUGCCGGUUCGAGUCGCUGACGCUUUCGCACAACAACAUGAUCGCGCUGAAGCCGAUACUGCAGGCCUGGCUGGAGGAGGCGGAGGCCCAGGCGAAGAACAAGCGGCGCGACCCGGACGCGCCGUCGGUGUUGCCGGCGGGUGAGAAGAAGCGCAAGCGAACGAGCAUCGCGGCGCCGGAGAAGAGAUCCCUCGAGGCCUUCUUCGCCGUCCAGCCGAGGCCGACGGGCGAAAAAAUCGCCGCGAUCGCGGAGAAGCUCGACCUGAAAAAGAACGUAGUUAGAGUGUGGUUCUGCAAUCAACGACAGAAACAAAAACGCAUGAAAUUCGCAGCCCAGCAUUGACCCGAGGGCGGCUUGUGACAGCAGAAUUGACUGUACCCUCCGCCCAGUCUCGAACCAAAGCCCGAACCCAUGAGCGAGUAUCAGGGCUGGCCUUAAGACAAUAACGCGAGCUGCGGAGCUCGCGGGAGCUGCGCGAAUGAGCAGCAGCCGCGAGCCCCGCGCUCCGUCACGGUUCGGAUUGUGGCCGAGGGUGCGAGUCUCCCUGUCACAGGCGCUUUGCUCCCGCAGCAAACUCAAUUUAUUCCUCUUCGAGGCUCGAGUCAACGGAUCUGUGCCUCCGACACCUGUACAGUAAGACCGACCAGCCUCCGCCGAAUUUCUCGGCCCCCCCGGAAGCGCAGCUCCUCGUCGCUCGCCCGGUGGCGCUGCCCUCUCUCCGAGGCACGCGCGCGCGCGCGCGCGAUCGAUCCCGCGAGUCUUUACGUUCUGACAGCUGUCGUCAGGAGUCUCUCUUCCCGAGGCUUAUAGAAUCGCGCUGAAAAAACGAGGCUCCGAGUCUCUUCCGAGCUCCGAGCGAAAACAAUUUUCCUUUCUCUAUUUCCACUAGAGCCUCGUGCCGAGUGCCACCGGCUGUGCGGCAGGGGGGCGACAAAAGAGCUUCGUGACCACUGUCGGAAGUACGACUCGAGCUGAAACACACACACACACACACACACACACACACACACACACACACACACACACACACACACAGAACAUGAGAAACAGAACGAAAGCACAGAAUAAUAUAAAACGUAUUGUUAUGUAAAAAAAAUCGAUGUGCGGGUCCCCCGAUCUGCGCGGAAAGUGAUAUUAAUCCUAAUGAACAAAAAACACGUAAAGAAAAACCUUGCGAAAGCAAAUGAACAUUGCUGAAGCUGGAGUCUGACGUUUCCAGCCUCCUCGUUGCACCCCGGUGCAACGAGAGCCCGGAGCACCUCGGAAAACCUCGAUUUAAUCAUGUUACGUAGUGAUAUUGGACAAUCAGUGAAAAGACUGUAAUCGCGUAGCCCGAAGCAAUACGCAGAGACGCCAGAGUCAAGAGCGCUCACGCAGACGAGCCAGCGGAAUCCCGGCGAGUCGCCGUCGCAGCACCACCGAACUUAUCGUUUCGAAAGAUCCACGCAGAGAAACACAACCUCGUUAAAUCCUUUCCCCUUCGUUUCUAAGUCUUCGAACGUGUCGCGAGCAUCCGUUUGUCGCUGAACGAGAGUCGAGCAGUACCGAGAUCUAUAAAUAUAUAAAUAAAUGAGUUAACAUAGAUUUAAUAAACAAUAAAGAGACACACAAUUCGUUUGAUAUCAUUGUAAAAUCGAAUUGAGUCGGUCAAACAUUUCGUCGGAUUUAUCUUAUAAUGAGAGUUUUAAUCAUAGCUGUUUCUAUCGGGAUUGUAAAUAUGCGUCGAGGCGACACGACGAUACGUUUGUUUUCGACGAGUACACACAGCCUCCGACUCAAUCUUGUUUCAUUGAAAAUAACGACCACGAACUUAUGGAAAUCGACGCAUCGUGUACGAGGACGCGACACUCGAACGGUGCGCCACGAAAUAAUUAAACGAGAUUUAAAAACUGUAACAAAGCUCUAGUGCAAUAUUUAGCGAGUAGGAAUACAUUUAACGCGAAUUUUCCUCCUCUGUUUCCCGUUCGUUUACAUUCUUCGGGGUUCUCGAGCCUCCCACGACUCAGGGACGUGCCCAACGCGAGCUCACUUUCCUUCUGCUCUUCAUUCUCGUAGUUUAUCCAUUUAUAUGAUUUACUCAGGUCGUCGGGACGGCUCGUGGACCAAUACGUAACUUAAUCUCGUGCAAGGUUUAUCUAAGUAACGAUUAUCCGCUGUAAUCACUAGCGUCUCGUCGUCUCUAAAUUUCUUUUUCCAAUUCCUUUCGCUCAGGCUCAGUGUACGGAUUUUCGUUGAUCUCACACCAGCCUUACAUUAUAAAUUUUUCAUGUUUGCCAAAACCCUCUCGAAAAAGGAAACUUCGGCGGGGGAAAUUAAGGCCUCUCUGGCCCUGCGAGCCCCUCAACCAGAAUCUUUAAAUUACGACUAUUCCGUAGGUAUUUAAACACAGGGUAACCCGAGUCAUAUCGCAAUAUGCUUCUAACUAUUCGUUGUAACACACCCAACUCGUCGGACACUCGACCAACGUCAAAUGAGCCCCGUCCUUUCGACCCUCGUCGAACGACUCCGCCGCUCCGCGAACAAGCAACCGGAAAUUCUCGCUGCGAGCCUUCGAGCCUGACUCGUUGGCUGCCGACCGGAAGUGCACACUUCGGCGAUGUUCCCUCGAGGAAUCCGAACAUUCUUCAAAGUGUCAAGGUAGCCCGAGCAUUUUGUUUUCCUCUCAUCUAUUGCUGCGACAGGAAGAAACAAAAGUUUCAUUAAAAUUAAGCUUUCGAGGGAUUUUCUCAAGAGUUUUUUCAGUUAUUUUUACUCGACAGUUUAUUGGGAGCAUCCCAAAGGCGGGGGCGACCAAAAAGUGAGAAAAUUCGGCGAGCGGGGCGGUAAUUUUGUCGUGGGAACGCGAGCAAUGUAAUAGAAACCGUAAAGUAUUAAUUCGGACUGUGGUGUACGAGGCUGAUUGAAAAGUUUGUUGAAAUUUGCAUUGAAUUUGAGGAAAAAUGUUGAAAGGAAAACUGCGCGAGGUCAUUAGCCAACUUUUCAUUUCGAUGUUUGUACCAUUUAAAAAGAGCCAAAAUGAAUUGUUCAAAGGCGCCGGGCUCGCUCGUGUCUUUAGCGCCCCCCAAAAUGGCCAAUUUGUUGUUUUUUAUUCCUAGAAGUUGCAGAGGCUCGUGCGUCGUGGAUAAAAGCCACCGGGAGAUUGUGAGCCUCGAAAAGCGUCGAUUUUCCGGACGAAAUUUUCAAAUUUCCCGCCAUUUUUUAUCCCUCCGACCGCACAGCGAAGCAGGAAACUUCCGGGCCCACGGCGCACAAUUCCGCCACGAAAAUCUGUAAAAAACAUUAUUUUCAUCACAACACGGAAAAUCGGCGUUUACGGAAUCUUGAAAACGACUAAAUUUCAGCGAUAAUUGCCUCGGAGGGCGACUCUUAUCGAGUCUUAUUGAAAAUAAAAAAUUAUCCGCCAUUUUGACUUAAUUUUUUUCGCUGCGAAAGUCACGAGCGAGACACCGAACGCCGAACGCGAUGUAAGAAUAUAUCGAAGACAUAUCAUACGAUGGAUUAAUGAGAGAGAGAGAGAGAGAGAGAAAAAAAAAAUUAGUGAAAUUGCCUGACAGUGUAGAAAUUUUUAUUGCGCCAUAAGCCGAUAACGAUUAUUAUUGCGUUGCGUGCAACCUUCGAAAACGCCAGCACGUUAUUUCCAUUGUGUAUCGAGAGCGCGAGAGAGAGAGAGAGAGAGAGAGUGUGUGAGAAAAAUAGUUGCAUUUUGUUUCGAGUGUCCUCGAAUCGCGCGUGUACAUAAUUAUUCAAACGAGUUGUAAAUGUACUUAUUGUAAAUUGUUAUGUAAAGUGAACGAUGAACGAAAAAAAGCAUCGAAAAGCAAGAGUCCCGAGUGGCGGGGAGGGGGGGGGGGGGAGGGGAGGGAGAGAAAAAAUGAUUUUUGGAUCGAUCGAGCGUGUGUUCUCGUCUAGUAAAAUUGAAUUUUCGGCUUGUCAAAAAUAAGAAUCGAUUCGUUACUCACCUUUUUAUCGCGAAUAGUAAAUUUCUGAUUUCCAUUGAGUUCGAUUUUUCUCUUGAUCCUUUAUUUGAAUUGCACGCAAUGUAGGAUUCGCGAGGGGUUGCAGAAGAGCACGACGAUUUUCUCGUCGAUCCAACUCGAGAAAGAGUGUCGGGCGAGUGGAUAAAGACUCGAAAAUACGACAAAAGCAACGAACAACAGCCCCUCAUUGUUGUACAUAUCAUGUGCCAUAACCUCAUUUUAUCAUACUUCGUGUCCAACUUUGUUCCAGAAAUACCUACUCAACUAUAAAUAAUAUAGUAUAAUGAAAAAUAAAUCUCGAUGUUAUUGAUAAAAAACGAUACGAAAAAACAAUUGAUUUAA